CAAAAACAAAACACUCUUGACCGCACAAAUAAAAGGCUGGAAAUCGAGUGCAUACGGAUAUGGACUUGGAUUAUGAUCGCCGCUUUCAACUCAUGGCACUCCUUGGGAUGACGGCUGCACUUCUCGCGAUAUAUGCGGAUACGUUAAAUAAACAAGAAUACGACGUAUACUACGACGAAGACGACGACGACGAAAAUGAUGAAGACGACGAUCACUACCAAACACAAGAAGACCCACGGCGGAAGAGAAGAAGGAAUUCCAACGAAAGCCAAGAUCUAGGGAGAGAGAAUCUCACGAAGCGGAUCCGGCUCAGUCAGCAAAGUCUCAGAUUGUUACAGACUCAGCAGAGACCUCCUUCAGUAGACAGGACUCUUCGCUGGGUUUCUGGCACUCGGAGUUUUUACGAGAAGCCGUAG